AUGGUGGACGGGGAUAACGAAGAGGUGAAGGUCUAUCCAACGUUUUCAUGUUUAACUGGCAGGCACGGAAACAAAGAGAGAAGUACACGGAAAAAAGAGAAGUUGGAUAAAAAGUUAGGAGAACAAAAGGCAGUAAAAAAGGGAGUCCUGGAGUGGAGUGGCAGCAGGAAUGUAGGAGCACAGGACAGAAAGGGAGACUUCCAGGGAAACGGCGACUUCACAGGAGCAGAAGCCGAGUGCCAAGUCCUGGUCAGGCCCAGCCCUCCCCUCUCCUGGCGUUACCCCCACACUCGCUCCCCUCGUUUCCCCAACCUGCCCCGGGACCCGACAGGAGGCGCUGCGUGCCUGCAUGUCCCGGCUGAGCCGCGCCUGGCGUACUGCCACGGGGCUUUUGCUUCUGCUUCAGUGCCGGACCUGAGUGAGCAGUUCACACCACCAGAGACGGCUCCCGCGGCCCUCGUCAGCCUGGUCCAAGCCAUAGAGCAGAGAGGUCUGGACUCGACAACUCUGUACAGGAUGACUGCUAGUUCCUCCAUUUCAGACAGCCCAGUGCACAGCCUCAGUCCUGAGAGUGAUAUCAGUCAGACCGAUGUGUCCAUCCUGUCAGAGGGGGUCUUGCACUACCUGAGAGACCUCCCUUCGCCGGUCAUCCCUGCCUGUACCUACGCUCCGUUACAAGCUGCCGUCGCACAGCAGCAGCAGCAGGCCCUGCAGCAGUCGACAGAUGGUGCCGUCGCCUGCAGCCACGACAGAGAAGUAAGUCACGUCCUGGAGAGCUCGGCCGCCGUCCCUCUCCAUCACCGCCUCACCCUGCAGUACCUGCUGGCACACCUGGCCAAGGUCACUCGGGCACAGGCCUGCAACGGCUUGGACACGCACACGCUGGGAAAGAUCUUUGGACCGCUGUUGAUGAGGACAGGUCUGUCUACUCCCAGGUUGUCUCUAGAUGAGGAGUUACCUGCUCUGGUGGUGGAAAGGCUUCUGAUUGAGAGAACUGCAGAACAAGACCUCACUCCCCCAGUUCUUCCAGCAAAGCCAGCGAAAUCAAAAACGGCACCACCAGCUUUGACGGACAUAAGUACCUUUCUCAGCGAUGCUGAAUGGUACUGGGGAGAAAUUUCCAGAGAGGAGGUAAAUGAGAAGUUGAGAGACACUCCUGAUGGUACCUUUCUGGUUCGAGAUGCCUCAAGCAAGCUGGAGGGCGAGUACACUCUCACCCUCAGGAGAGGCGGUAACAACAAACUGAUAAAGAUCUACCACAGAGACAGCCGUUACGGCUUCUCGGAGCCUCUCACCUUCCUGUCCGUGGUCGAGCUCAUCAACCAUUACCGCCAUGAGUCCUUGGCCCAGUACAACCCUAAGCUGGACACCAGACUCCUGUACCCUGUGUCCAAAUACCAACAGCUGGUGAAGGAGAACAGCAUCGAGGAGGUUGGUGAGCAGCUGAAGGUCUAUCAUGAACAGUACCAGGAGAAGAGUCGCGAGUAUGACGCCCUGUAUGAGGAGUACACACGGACCUCACAGGAGCUGCAGAUGAAGCGCACAGCCAUUGAGGCCUUCAAUGAGACCAUCAAAAUAUUUGAAGAGCAAUGUGAGACUCAGGAGCGCUACAGCAAAGAGUCUUUGGAGCGAUUCCAGCGCGAGGGCAACGAAAAGGAGAUUCAAAAGAUCCACAGCAACUCUGAGCGCUUGAAGUCACGCGUGAAGGAGAUCCACGACAGCAAGCGGAAGCUGGAGCAGGACUUGCGGGAGCAGGUCUCCGACAACAGGGAAAUCGAUAAAAAGAUGAACAGCCUCAAGCCGGAUCUUAUGCAGCUCCGCAAGAUCAGAGACCAAUACUUAAUAUGGCUGACACAGAAGGGUACAAGGCAGAAGAAGAUUAACGAAUGGCUCGGCAUAAAGAACGAUGCUGACGACUCAUACUCGCUGGAGGAUGACGAGGGCUCGCCCCAUCAUGAUGAGUGCACCUGGUACGUGGGUGACAUCAAGCGCACCCAGGCUGAGGAAAUGCUGAGGGGCAAAUGUGACGGAACCUUCCUCAUCCGUGAGAGCCAAUCACAGAAGGGCUCCUACGCCUGCUCCGUUGUCAUGGACGGCGAGGCCAAACACUGCGUCAUCAACAAGACGUCCACGGGCUACGGCUUCGCCGAGCCGUACAACCUCUACUCCUCCCUGAAAGACCUGGUGCUCCACUACAAAAACGUCUCCCUGAUCCAACACAACGACCAGCUGAAUGUAAACCUGGCGUACCCGGUCCUGGCCCGCUCUCAGAAUCAGAACCAGCACCCCAGAUGAACGAACCCCCAAGCGGGCGGAGCGAGGGGGACAUCUUUCACUUUUUAAAGCUGAAGAAGGGGGUCGUUCCUGGUUUUUAAAACGGCGAGUCCAAUCGGCUUAACGAGCAUGACUCUCUAGCUAGAGGCGGGGGGGUAGGGGGCUGUAUUUUUUUUCCCACGGAACCCCGGAGCACUUCUUGCUAGCAGCAUGGCUUUCACAGUAAGCACAGCAUCUUGUAACUCCGCACUGUACAGUUUAGCAUGACGUGACUGUACAGCGUCGGUUCCACCCACCCAGUGUGACACAUUUACAAGCACACAUCUGGAUUCAGAGGAUGUGUUACAGGAUAAGCACACAUUACUCAUCUUUUUAAAGAGGGGGGGGGGGUCAGUUUGAGGACAGGAAAAUCUAAAGGAGGCACUUUUUUUUUUUGUUGUUGUUGCUUUUCGCCUUAAACUCCUAACUGUAGACAAAGGCCCGAACUGUUAUCCCCAGACUGCCUGCCGACGCUCCGUAGACAAAAGCCUGAGCUGGAAAAGGGACCGGCUGGGCUCGCUUCACACCUCGAGAGGGCCGAGAAGAGGGUGGUGUCAUCACUGGAGCCUGGGAGACGAGGAAAGGCCCAGGGUCCCCAGUAAGAAUGAUCAGCGCAUUACUUCAUCAAUCCAGAGAUUUAAAGACGUGUAUGAGCUCACUGGGCAGUGGACAUUUUACACCAUUGUUUUUAUGCCUCCACAACCUGUAGAAAGGGUGGUCCCCACAAGUCAUGAUCAAAAACUUGGUCCCCAUUCCAAAUGAUAACCAGUAUGUGUGUGUUUGUGUGAGUCAAUCAGCAUGUUUUAGGUGUGUAGUUUGUUGUUUAGUGAGACUUUCUUUACGAGGGCUUGACAGUAGCCCUCUGCUCUCUCACUUUGCACACUUUGUUGUGGAUUUGCUCCCACUCAAGACUCCAGUGUGACCAGCCCACAGCCAGUGUCGCUGUCACGCAUCUGAUAAGCUCAAACGCACGCAGCGUUCGUGGCACCUUCGUUCCAUCCGUCGUCGGGUCGGUCGGACCAACACUCGAGCGCACUUUUUUUUUUUGUCUGUUCCGCACGCAGAGAAGUGGUCUCUGAAAAGCUCAGUCCUCCACACUUUGGUUUAAGAUCAGCGUUCUCCAGGCGCAGUUUGGCUUUGGCGUCAACUGGCUCUUUGCAGUUUGAUCCAUGCCAAACAAGACCAGGUCACCUGAAUAAUAGAACAUUUAUUGAGAGAACGGCGUCCAUGCAGCACAAGAAUAUCAAAAGUUAUUUGAUUUCAGGCGUUCAAUUCAGAUGAAGACACCAGUUGUCUGUCCAUUUACUGAUUGGAGCGUAAACCAGUAUUUCAUGGUACAGUCCUCCCUCAGAGUCUGCCCCCUCACUGUAUCGUGGAUUUAAAAAUAUAUAAUUUCUAAACAAAUUGUGUGCGGUUUUGGUCUAAAUUAAGCAUAAAAAUGGCUAAAUUGAAUAAAAAUGGCAGCACUACAGUAGUAUGGGAAACUAGAUGGGACCAAACCAAUCAGAGCAGGCUGCUUAGUACCGUGGUCACUGAUUGGCUCAGCCUCACACAGCAUCACUAAUAGGGAUGAUGUUUGAUAAGAAAUUAUCGAGUUCGAGCCCAUUAUCGAAUCCUCUUAUCGAACCGAUUCCUUAUCGAUUCUCUUAUCGAAUCCAGAUAGGUUGUUGUAUAUGGAAAAAAAUAUAUAUAUAUUUGGUUUAACAAAAGCUCACUUUUAUUUUAUAAGAAAAAUAAAAUAAAUAAAUAAAUAUUGACUGUUACCCCCCUAAAAAAAAAAAAAAAAAAAAAUAUUGACUGUUGUUACCCAAAGUAUAUUAAGUGGGAUUUUUCAGAAAAACAAAUAUAUACAGUAACACAAAAACAACCUGUCUCUGUGAUCACUAUAGGUGACUAGCCAUGCCUUGAGGCGUUUUUUUAGGGUCCAUUUGUUUUGUUGCUUGUGUGACAUCACAGGAAAUGACGUAGCUCAGUCGUUAGACUGAGCUACGUCAUUU